UCCCAGCUAUAAAUUUACCCUUCGAGACUCGCUAGGUUUGCCAAACUGAAAAGCCUUAGGGCACUUUUUAAGAGAUCUAUACAAACAGAAAUUGUUUAUAUAGAUCUUCAGCGAAAAUGGCGAAUUCCUCUAGAAGGCCUAGUGGGUCAGUGUUGCUUAAAUCGGCGUUUGAGAGGUCAAUCUCACCUACCGGCCGGUUCUGUAACACCACCACCACCGCAACUGAUGCGAUGUCGUUCGCUUCGUACAGCAACUCUAGUUUUUAUUCCUCUCCGUCGACCGGGUGUUUCAAUCGAUCGGCUUCUCCGACGCGCGUGAAUAUUCACGCUCUGGCGCCGGUGAAUUCUACGCCUAGCGUUAGGUUCUCCAUUGACAGAUCCAUUUCUCCUCGGCGUUCCAUGGCGGUGUCUCAACGUGAUCAGGUGGUUCGAAAGCAGAUUCCGAAGAGAACGUGCUUAUGCUCACCUACGACACAUCCUGGUUCGUUCAGGUGUAGUAUGCAUAAGAAUGUGAAGAAUACUCCUUCGAUUUCGUAUUCGCCUAGCCGAUUGAAUGCACGGAGAUCGGCGAUGACGAAUUCACUGGUGCGUAUCUGGUCUGUUGAAGGUGAUUUGGUGAAACGAGCUUUGGCAGCUCUUAUUAGGCCAUCGUCGCAUCAUCAGAGACGUCGAGGUGACUUUCAACCGCGUCCUAGCCGGCUUUCCAGAAUGUCCAAAGCUGAUAACCUGUGAAAUUUCCGUUUCCGUGGUGUAACAGGUUGGUGAUUUUCAUAUAUUAACUGAGGCUCAUCUCUUGAGAGUUUUCCGGCGGUGGCGUCUGAUCCAGGCUGCGGUUCUUACUACUCCGGUGGUGAAAUGCAAGCUAUAGGGCAAUUUUGAUGCAGUAUGGAAGUAGUAGAAUUCUCCCUUGUACAUAUGGUGUUGUUGCAGUAACUGAUUGCAAUUGAA